AUGUCACCUGCCCGGACAGCAGAGGAUCUCCCUCCUUAUGAAUACCCGCAGGAGACUGGAGAGAAACUGGAGUAUGCGGAACUAGAAGCUCUGGACAUCUCAAAGCUGAACCAGCCAGGCGGGAAGCAGGCCCUGGCCGAACAGGUCCUCAGCUUCAUCAACAAGAAUGGAUUCUUCUACGUAGUCGGCCACGGCUUCACAGAUGCCGAAGUACGGCGGCAAUACGCGCUCUGCAAAGCAGUGCUAGACCUGCCCCUUGAGGAGAAGCUCAAAUACCAAUGCGACACAGCGGCAGGCGACUUCAGGGGCUAUAAGCCACAGUCCACAGGCAAGCUGGCGGCGAGGGAUAAUGAUGAACGGUACAACAUCCCCAAGUUCACGCCGGAGCACGAGCGGCCCCACCCGCAGCUGAUCCGCGACCACUGGGACGAGAUCAAGGCCUUCUCACUCAAAGUGCACAACGGGCUACUGCUCCCGCUGCUGAGGCUGUUCGCAGCGGUGCUAGAGCUCGAAGACGAGGACUUCUUCGUGCGGCGCCACCGCUACGACGCCGAGGGGCUCGAGUACCUGCGUUACAUGCAGUAUUUCCCGCGGGCGAGGGAGGACGACGCCGCGGCGGGCAACAUCUGGGCGAAAGGCCACACCGACUACAACACGCUCACGUUCCUUUUUCACCAGCCCGUCGCGGGCCUGCAGGUGCAGACGCCCGAGGGCCAGUGGAAGUACGUCAAGUCGCCGCGGGACGCGGUUAUCGUCAACAUCGCCGAUGCACUCGAAUUCCUUAGCGGCGGGUACCUCAAGAGCACCGUGCACCGCGUCGUGCGCCCGCCCGAGGACCAGGCGGACCGGUCGCGGCUGAGUCUGAUCUACUUCGCGAGGCCGGAAGCCAAUAUUAUCCUCGAGCCGGUGGACAGCCCGCUGCUGAAGCGCAUCGGGCUUGGGGAGCGGAGUGAGAAGGAGAGGUUCGCGCACAAGGUGACUGCUGAAGAAUGGGCGCGUGCUCGAAUCGCCAAAGACCAUCGCUUCCGUACGGGCGUUGUCGAUCAAAGGGAAAAGGAGAUCAUUGCUGGGGUCGCUCAAACAUACUAUGACUAG